UUUGGCCACAACAACCCCCAAUUCCAUCAUCCUCUCUGCAGCCUCUUUGCAAAGGAGAACCUGAACCGCAUGAGCGAGCAGCAGCUGAACCUCUAUGACCGGCUCAUCAAUGAGCCCAGCAAUGACUGGGACAUUUAUUACUGGGCCACAGAAGCAAAGCCCACACCAGCUGAGUUUGAGAACGACGUGAUGACCAUGCUGAAGGAGUUUGCCAAGAACAAGAAGAGGGAGCAGCGGCUACGUCAGCCGGACCUGGAGUAUCUCUUUGAGCCACCCCACUGACAGGUUGGAGGGGGGCUGCCUUCUCUGUCCCCAUCCCCUGGAGCAGAGGAGGGGUGCGGGGCCCUGUGGAAACACUGAUGCUGCUGCCUUCCUCACGGCUCUCCUCUUCCUCCAGCAGCAGCUCCCUUGGGCUCAGGGCACGCUAAAUAAAGCUGUGGCUGCUA